AUGGAUGCUUAUUAUAAACUGGAUACCUUAAAAAAGGAAUACAUACAAAAAAAAAUAUAUGCUGAAGACAACAAAUACUCAAGAAACUUCAAAAAAUUCAAAGGCGAAUAUAAAAAAAUACACAAUAUAUACGAACCCAAACUUAGAGAGUUCUGCAAAUUACACACUAUUGAAGAACAACGUCCAUUAAUUGUAAAGUAUUUCUGCGAAAGCUUUACAUUCGAAUCACUUGCCAACCGCUCCAAGAAUCUGGUUAAAAAUGGAGCUAUCGACAGGCUUUUAUCUGGAGAAUUCAGAAGCCAAUUCGAAUACUCGAAAUCUGAUAUUGAGGCUGCUGGGGGUCCAGCUAAAUACAAAUUGCUCAACCUGUUCUACGCAAACAAGCACCGUAUUAUGCCAGGAUAUUAUGGCCAAAUAGGCUUUGAAAUUAUUAGCAAAGCAGCCAUCUACAAGUUUUCCCAUGAAGCUUACAAAGGGUCGAGUGCACAAAAAAAAACUGGUUUAAGUCACCAACAAUAUCUUACAACCGUCAUCGUCCCUGAAAUUGCUUGUUGGAUUAUCGCUGAAGACCAAGCUUAUAGUCACGUGCCAACAAGAUUAGCAUACUUAAAUGGCAAAUUAUUUAAAUGGGGUGCUUUUGGAAUAGUUCUUAAAGACGCUAAAACUGUCUCAUUGUUUAAACUUCACUUGGACGAAACCAAAAAAGGUUUGAUCCCAGAAUUGCCUUACGGACUGGAAAUAGAACAGGCAAUUUCAGAUUAUCUUAGGUCAAUAUUUGAGCACACGUGCACAUUUUUAAGCCGCCGUAUCGGAAAGGAAAUUGAUACAAAUAAGUUGCGGUUCUGCUUGCCUGUACCUGAUGGUUGGACCGAGAAAGCUAGAAACACAAUGCGGAAUGCGGUCAUUAGAGCUGGAAUCAUUAGUAAAGAAGACCCUGAAGACAGAUUAUUGCUGGUUAGCGAGUCAGAAGCUAUUGCUCUGUAUUGCGAAACUUUUCUUGUGGAAUACAAUCUAAAGCCUGGUCAAAAUUUUCUCAUCUGCGAUGCUGGUAGAUUUAAUGUAAAUGUUGUGGUAUAUCGUAAAACUGUUGAUAAUAAUGGCAAAAAUUCACUUAUGGAAGAAGUUGCAGGUGAUAGUGUAAUAAGUGGUUAUACAACUCUGGAUCCUCACUUUAGGAAUUUUGUUUCUGAUAAUGUCAACUUAUUUUUCAAAAACGUAAAGCCUUUAACUGAUCGAGAGCUGGAUAAUAUUGUUGACAUAUUCACGAACGAUAUAAAGCCACGAGUAUGCCAUCCAUCGAAUCCCCAUUAUGACAAGGAUUACAUUAUUAUACCUCUUCCUGAACGAUUUGAUGAAACAGAAUACGAUGAAGAAGACAAACUAUUUGUUGCGGAUUCUCAAUUACAUAUGCAUCCUGAAUUAAUGCUAUCGGAGAUAUUUGAUCCCGUAAUUAACCAGGUGCUAUCUUUGAUUGACACACAGCUUAAAAGAAUAGACAGAAAGCUAGACGCAAUAUUUUUAGUUGGUGAAUUCGGUCAAUCAACCUAUCUACUUCAUAAAAUUAAGGAUAAGUUUUCCACUGAAGUGAUAUUAAUUUGUGCCCCUCAUCGUGGAGAAAUGGCUGUAGUCCGUGGUGCUGUCUUGAUGGGAUUGAAUCCUCAGUUUGUCAAGCAGCGUAUCAUACGUCGAACUUACGGAUAUGAAUGCUCCUUAGAAUUUGAUAAAUCAUUAGAUCCAGAAGGACUAAGAGCGGUUGAUCAGAAUGGCGAGGUUUAUUGUAACAAUCGGUUUAGAAGCUAUGUUUUGAAAGGAGAAAUCAGAGAUGUAGAUUAUUAUGUUGAUAUAUCAUUUAAAUGCUAUUACAGCAAAAAUCCUGUAUUAAAGUUAUAUGCAUAUGAUGGUAAUCCUGAUCAUCUUCCCAGAUUUACCACAGAUGACGCGACGAAGAAAGUCACGGAAUUCGAAAUUAAAUUGCCAAAUCUUCCAGGCAAAGGUCCUAAUGAUACCGUUGUCAUCGAUGCAAAAUUGUACCUCUAUCAAACUGAAAUCAAGCUUGAAGUAGAAAUCGAGAACAUUAAAAAAAUUUAUACAGGCUCUCAUAAAAAGGUGGAUAAUAUGCCGUUUAUCGGAGAAAUUAGGUAG